AUUCUCAUGUAUUUUACCUACAGAUGCAGACACUGUUCUAUAACAACUACAGCGUUGGUGACACAGCAUUCACCGGAGACCUGCAGAGAUUGGAGGUCCACAAUGCCAUCACUAUGCAUCCCGUCAAACGGACACCGUACCUCUACCGUCUCCACAACUACCUCCAGUCUGUCAAGAUCAACGAUCUGCACAUGAAGAUCACUUCACAGUAUCGAGAGAUCCAGGAACUCAAGGAACUCCUUCACGAAGACGGUGAGGAAUCAGUCACAGUCCUUGAUCAGGACGCCCGGCGCUACGGGAUGCCUAUAAGUCUGAAUCAGUACAUCCCGGACAGCCACAGAGAUGUCAUUCCCUGGAAUUAUUUCUCGCGGUACGUCUACCACUGUCGCCAUGAUAGUCCACGUAUGGGUCUCACCCAGUCAGUCAGGACUGCCCUCAAAGACAUCGUGAUGCAGGUCAUGAAGUUGAUCAAUUCCAAUUCGCAAAAAGUUGGCAGGACAAUAGAGUACAAAGAAAUCCUGUACGGUUACUCUCGUGUCACGCCGAAUCGCGGAGCAGAUUACAUCUUAGAUUUGUUAUUGAUUUACAAGAAGCAUAGAGGAACGAGUCGCACGCUGUCUGUUCGAAGGCAUGCCUAUCUUCAUCAGUCAUUUGACAGAAUAGAGUUCAAGGAGGAGGAGGAUGGUUAUGCAAGUAAUGUACCUGCAACAGGUGGAUUCCAGAGCUCACUAAGUAUCUUUGGUCAUAAGACAAACUCAGAUCCGUCAUCACAACUUGGUCGAAGCCCAGAGAGGAUAAAGGCCACUAUACACUUCAUCAUGCCUCUAUCUGGUAGGCUAGAAAUAUUCCAGCGCUUUAUGAAGAACUAUGAGCGUGUGUGCUUAAAAACAAAUGAAAAUACAAAACUGCUAGUUAUACUCUUUAAGAAAGCAAUAGACGAUCCUUCUGCAGAUAUCAUUAGGACUGUGAUGGAUUACCAGAAAGUGUAUCCUGGUAAGGAAAUGAAGGUUAUACAGGCGCAGGGAGAUUUCAGUCGAGGUUUAGCCCUGGAGCUUGGAGCCGGGCAGUACGGACCGGAUGCUCUCAUGUUCUUUGUAGAUGUAGACAUGUACUUAUCGCAGGGAUUCCUCAACCGCUGUCGCAUGAACACCGACCGUCGAAAAUCCGUCUACUUCCCCGUGGUCUUCAGUCAGUACAGCCCGGACAUCGUGUUCGGCUCGGAGGCACGCCAAGGUAGCCAGCUUGUCAUCAACAAUGAUGCGGGUUACUUCCGUCACUUUGGCUUCGGUCUGGUGUGCCUGUACCACGGCGAUAUGAACGAUGUUGGCGGGAUGAACAACGCCAUCGUUGGAUGGGGGAUGGAGGAUGUGGACCUUUACGAGAAAUUUGUGCAAAGCAACAUGACAAUAUUCCGUGGACCCGACACGGGACUGGUCCACAUAUACCACCCUGUUAUAUGUGACCCUCGAUUAGAGGCGAAGCAAUACCAAAUGUGCAUAGGCUCCAGAGCGAGCACGUACGGGAGCAAUAUACAGCUCGCCAGAAUCUUACAAGAAAUGUCGCAGAAUAAAAAAGGAGGGAAGAAAGCGGAUAGUCAUGAAGAUGAAGAUUACGAUGGAAGGUAGCAUUGACUGUAAGCAUAUAGCUAUUGUAAAGCUUUGCCAUGGUGAUUUGCCUCAAAGAUGAAUUAGUUAUAUACCUGGGUAGUAGAGAGUAGAUGUAGAACUCAUGUGGACUGUCAAUACUCUGUCGUAAGUGCAAGGCUCCAAGCCAUAAGUACAGAAAGCAAAAUAGGCCUACAUGCCAGAUAGUAUCCCAUGAGCUAGACAUGGCAUAACACAAGUCUAGGACAUAUGAGUUGGUAACUCAUCGCAUUGAUUUAAAUUAACCCUAGAUUAAACUUGUCCCACAUUUUUAUGGAGUGCCAAAUGCCAUCUCAUUUACCAAGUGCAUGUUGUCCACAAUAUCCACAAUAUUUCAGUGAAAGAAUCCAUACCAAUGAAUUUUUUUGAUGAAAUGAUCAAUUUUAACAAUAAUAAUGAGUACAGAUCAACCUUUCAUAGGGUGAAUAAUUUCUCAAGUCAAGGAAUUUUUUCAGACCAGAAAAUGGAAAUAGUUUUUAUAUCUUCUAAGUCAAAAUUUUCCAUAAAGUCUUUAACAGAUUUCUGUGGUCAAAAGAAGAUUUGACUCUGACAGAUUCACCUGUAGCCGUAAAAUAAUGAAUUUAAAUGAAUUCUUUGGAAAACAAUCUUUGUGAUGAUCGAUUAGGAGAAUGAAACGUAUCCUUCCAUAAGUAGAGGUGUGGAUUAAGAUCCCUUGUUUCAUCUGGUCUAAAAGCCACCGCACACUUUGCGACUGGUUGCAAUCCGAUUUUGGAACAAAUCGCAUUUUGCUCAUUUUCUGUAAAAUGUGAAUGGAACAUAUCAUUUUAUUUGAGGUUAAAAUUGAUUGAAAGAAUACAAAUAUAACCAUUUUGAAAGAUUGCAAGCCUUUAUUUUGGAGUAAAGGCCAAAUUAAAGAUCAUUUCUUAUGCCUAUUCAAACUUUAUUCAUUUGUAUUCCAUCAAGGAGGCCGAAUCACCAUGGCAAAGCUGUUUAAAGUAUAUAUUUAUUAUUAUUGAUGCUAUUAUGCCCAAAGUUAACUUUCAAAAAGACAAUCAUUCCUCUUGUUUGAAAGUAGAGUUCAAAAUGUGAGAGGAAAAUGCAACUCUGUGGUGCGGGGGAAAGUACCAAAUUCAUGUGUGUGUGUCUUUUAAUGAUUUAUCUCUUUUAUGUUGAAGGGGGCCUCCACCCUAAUUAUACCAAGUUGGUUUUGAAAGAAGCGGACAAAUGAGGUGAAAUGACAAGGAAAAUUUUUGAGAAUCUGGAUUCUGCAUAAAUUCUUUUUAAAAAAGUGUAAGCCUUCAAUCCAACAAAUACAUUAUCGCAAAAUUGUGAUGUACUUGAAACUUCCUUCCCAAUUUUUUUGUGACAACCUUAAUGUUAAUA